CCGCGCCAAUCCAAUGCAGAAGACUGAGGAGGAUGGGGAGCGCGGCGCCAACUUGCGGCACUAGUAGACUAAGCUCACUGUUGCGUUACAGUGCUCCGUGAGGUUGCAUAUUAAGAGUCCGUGAGCUGCUGCUAUGUCUUCAAGCGUAAUAGUUGCUGGCCUGGCCCUUGCUGCUGUGGGUUUCACAGGUCGUGCGCUACUACGCUCAUCGAGAGCGUGGUCGAAGACAUUGCAAGAGAGCUUGAAGAACUUGCCAACCGCCGAAUCUUUUGCGGGUUCGAAAUACUACAGGGGUGGGUUUGAGAUGAAGAUGAGCAAACGAGAAGCUGGCCUUAUCCUUGGCGUGAGCCCGUCUGCGAGCAAGUCGAAGCUGAAAGACGCGCACAAGAGGAUCAUGCUACUCAACCAUCCGGAUCGUGGAGGCUCUCCUUACCUGGCUGCGAAGAUCAAUGAAGCGAAGGACUUACUUGAGAGCGGCAAGUCAAAAUAGCUGCAACAUUGCGUCGCAGUUGCGCAGGUUGAGUGAUGGACCGUAGUAUAUUUUUUUCCCUGCGAGUGAUGUAGACGCUUGAGCAGACGGAAGACCAGUCAGCUUUGAUUGGGAUUGUGUUACGAACUUUAUUAAGUGCCUUUGGUACUUAAAUGUAAGCUUCUGUAAUUGAAUUUCGGGAGAAAAUCGAGUCAUCAAAAGUAGAUCAAGCCACAUCAGUACAUUGGCUAUGGUGUGUGUAAAUUAAAACAUAUUCCCUUACGCA